ACGUUCAACAUGCCUCCCAAAACAAGCGGUAAAGCAGCAAAGAAAGGCGGUAAGGCUAAAGCCGCCGCUCGUGGUGGUGACAAGAAGAAUAGACGGAGGGGAAGAAAGGAAUCCUACGGUAUCUACAUCUACAAGGUGUUGAAGCAAGUUCACCCAGACACCGGUGUCUCUUCAAAAGCCAUGUCAAUCAUGAACAGCUUCGUAAACGAUAUCUUCGAGCGUAUCGCAUCAGAAGCUUCCCGUUUGGCUCACUACAACAAGCGUAGAACCAUCACGAGCAGAGAGAUCCAGACUGCCGUCCGUCUCUUGUUGCCCGGUGAGCUUGCCAAGCACGCCGUCAGUGAAGGCACCAAAGCCGUCACCAAGUACACCAGUUCAAAAUAAAUCGUAUGCUAUGCAUGCACGAACCUAAUGGCCUUUCUCAGGGCCACCACAUCCUCCAAAAAGAGAAAUGCCGUAUCGGGAAUGUGAGCGCUCAAAUGUGUGUUAAUUACAUGUACAGUGAACUCAAUAAUUAUUAUUCAUUUUCGAUGUUAGACCAAUGACGCGCUAGGCACACUGCGUAUAGAGAAGAACCAUGUAAUGGACUUAUCACCACAUCUUAUUCGAAAUAGAACAAUCGAGAAAUUACUCAUUCUGUUGAUUCAGAUAUUAAUUUAACAUAUUUUAUUAUAUAUAUUUAUAUAUUUCACUUAUCAUAUAAUGUGAUUUCUGUAUACCCAAGACUUGUUUCCAGUUGCAGUUUAAAUGUUUGUUCAAUAUUUAUGUUUUAUUGGGGUGAUACCGUUGGCAUUUAGUCUUAUCGCUGACAUUAAUUAAUUGUUAAUCAGAUACGACCUGCUAAUUAUGA